AAGAAUAUAAAAUUGGGGAGGAAAUUUUCUUUUUUUGAAAGAAAGAAAGAACAAAAAUAAAUAAAUCAAUCUCACAAGACAAUGAUUGAAGGCUUUUUUUUUUUGGUUGUCAUAUUUGGAACCCAUUCUAUGGUGGUGUUUUUCUUCUUUCUUUCUUUCUUCUUUGGUUAUUACCAGUCUCCAGUUUUUUUUUCUUCUGUCAUUUAUCCGGAAACCUUACCUAACCAACUAGAGAGAAAAAAGAGAAAGAAAAUUCCAUUCUUUCUGAUUAUUAUUAUUAUUCAAUUACUAAAGUUUGAUUCGUUCAUACCGUUUUUCACAUAACCGAUAUAUGAUAUUUUGGCUUCUAGUCUGUUCAUUUGUUUGCUUAUCAUUGUUUUUUCAAACAAACAAACUCAAAUUGAAAUCAAGAAUUGGAUUACCCCGUUUUUGUUUUUUCCAUCUACAUCAAAACAUUGCUUGCAGAAUUUUUGUUUGUUUGUUUGUUUUUUCCAGCGGUUUCAAGUGAUCAAUAUAAUCAGCAAAAAAAAAGUUUUUCUUCUCAAUUAACAUCGAAUGGUUAUGAUUUAAAUUUGUAAUCAAAUUAUAGUAACAAAAAAAACCAAACAAAACCAAAAAAAUGAGUAAAUUUCAUAUGAGUUCAACGGAUUAUGGCCAAUCAGUUGGCGGUAAAGAUAAAAUUAUUUUGGCCGAAGGUUAUCUUCCAACAAAUAAAAUAUUUAAAAUCGAUCAAUAUUUACGUAUGUUUGGCUUUUUAUCGCAAAAUAUUGAUGAAUAUCUUCAGGGUAAUGUACGUGGAAAAAUUAAAAAUCCAUCAAAACGAAUGUAUAGUUUUUUGGUUGUUGCAUUAUUGUCAUUUGUUUGUUUCCGUAAUAUUAUACUUGUAUUUACUGAAAAUAUUACAUUACGUAAAUUACUUGGUGAACCACAAAGUGGAAGACCUGCCGAUCAAAUAUUAAUGUCAAUGACAAUAUGGUCAAUUUAUCUUGCACUAUUAAGUCGAUUGUUUUAUUUUGGUGAAAAGAAACAAUUAUUAUCAUGGUUAACACCAUUUGCUGUAUUUAAAGGACUUAUUUCACCAUCAAGUAUUGGUCUUGAUGUUGGUAUGACUGAUGAAUGGUUUCGUAAAACUAAAAAAAUGUUGAAUAAAUCAAUACUUUUGACCAAUCUUCAAGCAUUAUUAUGUAUGUCAAUGUUCUGUGUAAUGGCAUAUCGUCGUCAUCAUACACAUUCAGUACCAUCAAGUAGUUCAAUAUUUUGGACUAUUAUACUUUGUCUUUGGACAUAUUUCGGUAGUGCAUUGAUAUUUGUUAGCUAUAGUUAUUUUUAUACAUUAGCCACCUAUUUUCGGCUUCGUUUCCGAAAAGUUAAUAAUGAUAUUGAGACAAUUAUUUCACCUGAAACACGUCUCAAACCAAAUGAACGUUGUGCAAUGUUAUAUCAUAUUCUUUGCGAACAUAAUAAAAUUUGUGUAGAAAUUCAUGAUUAUAAUCGUUUCUGGUCCAAAUAUAUAAUGCAAACAUAUUUUCUGUUUGUUGCAAUUAUUUGUUAUACAUCAUUUCAAGCAUUCUUUACAUAUAAUACAAAUACUGUUCGUACAGUUAUGUUUGCCAUGACAUUAGAAGCUUGUUAUCUUCUUACACGUGUAUCGAUUGCAGCAUCACGUAUUGCAAAUGAGGCUCAUGCAUCAUAUGGUCGAUUGAUUCGUGUUACAUUCAACAAAUAUCCGGUUGAAUUACAAAUACAGCUACGAAUGUUUAUUCAACGACUUUCAGGUCCUACAAUUGGAUUCUAUUGUUUGGAUAUAUUUGAAAUUACAUAUUCAACAUAUGCUUCGAUUAUUGCUGCACUUGGACAGAAUUUCUUGUUGAUUAUUGAUUUUGUACGAUCAUAUGCGCAAUUAAAAGAAGAACAUUAUACAUCAAGUGAUUUAGAUAUAAGCGAUGUAUUUAAUUCAACAAUCGAUUUCAAUUCAUUAAUCAAUGAUGAAAUUCAAUUUGUUCAGGAAAAAUUGCUUUAAACAAGAGAGAAGAAAAAAAAUUCAGAAAAUCAUAAAAAGUAAAUAACGAAUAUAUCUCAUCAAUUACACAUCAUUUAAAAUGUUUCAAUAUUUGAAAAAAACGAAUAACCAAAAAAACAACACAAACACACAUCAUUCAAAAUCAUUUUACACACAAUCACCCUACACACAUACACAUCAAGGAAAAUUAGUUUCAUAUUUGCACCAGGUGUUUAACUACUAAUAAAAAUAACCAAAAAAAAAA